CAAAAUUAAAAGAUUAUUUUUAUCAACGGUCUACUAAAAUAAUAAACGAACAUGCUUUCUAAUCAAGUAAAUAAUGUCAAAAAAUGGUUUAAUGAAAAACAUAUUAAAAUACAAGAUAUCUGGUUGACACAAUGUGUCGAAUAUUUCUUGUCUGAAAACCAAAAUAUGUCUCUUCAAAAUCUUCAAGAAGAAGCUUUUCAACAAUGGCUGUUAAAUGAUCUAGCUGAUACUACAUCAAAUUCUCUUCCGGAGUUAGAUAAAACAACAAAAGUGCUUCCUGGAAGUUUUGUAUUACAGAUCCAGAAAUUAAUUGAUAUAAGUGCAAGUGCAUAUAGUCAAAUUCAAAAACUGUACAAUUUACCAGUAGAACAGACCGAAGAGGAAAUGGAAAAAGAGAAAAGUUCACGAGUCCUAAAAUUGUUUUUAUCUGAUGGAACGAAAGAAAUUCAAGCUAUGGAAUAUAGACAGAUUAAGUGUUUGUCACUUAACACAGCACCUGGCAGUAAAAUAAUUUUAAAAGGCCCAAUAAAUGUUAGCUCUAGUGGGAUGUUAUAUUUGGAAAAUCAUCAUGUUACUUUCCUUGGCGGUGAGGUUGAGACACUAUUGGAACCGAAUUCUGUGAUAAAUACAUUGUUAAAGUCUAUAAACCUGUCAGCAGAUAGUAGUUUAUUAAAGAAUAAUAGAAAUAUUGCCAUAAAGCCUCUACAAUCCGAAAUAAUUGAUUCUAAUACACGUGAAGCAAGUACAAUCUCCACUUCAUCAAAUACAAAUGUGGUAAACAAUUUUGAAACCAAUAUUUUAUUAGAUGAUCCAUUAGCUGAUGCAUUUCUUGAAGAAUUUGAUUUGCAUAAUAUUAAUGAUGCCCCUGAUGUUGAUUUGGAUAAGACUUUUAUGAGAGUUCAGGAAUGCACACAGAUCGAACCUGAGCCAGAAGAAACAAAAAAUGUAUUAGAUCCUUCGUACCCCAUCAAACUUAACAAUAAAUCGGUUAUAUUCUUCAAACAAGUUGAUGAAAUACAAUCUAUGAUAAUGAAGCCUAAAAUGUUCGUAGUUGUUAUCAAGAUAGAAAAGUUUAUAGAAAAACUGUGUAUGGAGGAAGAUGAAUGGAAAAAUUUAGUUCGUGUAAGUGACUAUUUAGUUGAUUCCACUAGUUUUAUGGAUAUAAAAUUAGACUCGGACCUAAUCAGCAAAUACACUGGAUACGAUUCACAAAAAAUGGCCGAAUUAAAAAUUCAACUGAAGGAUAAUCCUGAAAAAAUUAAUGAUCUUUUAAUGAGUUUGAAACGAAUGAAGGAAGAUUUUAUGAACAAGAUUUUUUUAGCCGAGAUUAAAAUAUUUCCACAAAUUUUAACAGAUCAGCCAUCAAUUAUAGUUAGUUUAAACGAAUUACAAAGUGAACACAGAAAACUAGUAGAAGAUAAAAGGAAUUAUGAUUGA